CGCGCGCACACACUUACUUUUUUUUUUUUUUUCUUCUUUACAGCCAUUUUUCUUUCUUAACUCGCCGGAAAAGCAGCUCGUAGAAACUCGGGAUAGCUUUUGGGACUCUGCUCUGUUAACACCGGGGGUCUCAGUGUGUGUGUGUGUGUGUGUGUGUGAGGGAAGCUUGUGUUUAGUUAUUAUUAUUUACCCCCCAGAGAUGUCCACAGCAGCAGCUGCAGCGGCGGUGUGUGGCCCUGCUGCUGCUGCCGGCGGCGGCGGCCCGAAUCCCGGAUCCGGAGCCGAGCUGGUCCGCGGUCAGGCCUUCGACGUCGGCCCACGGUACACUAACCUGUCCUACAUCGGGGAAGGCGCUUACGGGAUGGUUUGCUCUGCUUACGAUCGGGAUAAUAAAGUGCGCGUGGCCAUAAAGAAGAUCAGCCCAUUCGAGCACCAGACGUACUGCCAGCGCACUCUCCGUGAGAUAAAGAUCCUGCUGCGCUUCAAACACGAGAACAUCAUCGGCAUCAACGACAUCAUCCGCGCGCCCUCCAUCGACCAUAUGAAAGACGUCUACAUCGUGCAGGACCUGAUGGAGACCGAUCUGUACAAGCUGCUGAAGACGCAGCACCUUAGCAAUGAUCACAUCUGCUACUUCCUGUAUCAGAUCCUGCGUGGCCUGAAGUACAUUCACUCAGCCAACGUACUCCACAGAGACCUGAAGCCCUCCAACCUGCUGCUCAACACCACCUGUGAUCUCAAGAUCUGCGAUUUUGGGCUCGCGCGAGUAGCCGACCCGGACCACGAUCACACCGGGUUCCUGACUGAGUACGUAGCCACGCGCUGGUACCGAGCCCCGGAGAUCAUGCUCAACUCAAAGGGUUAUACCAAGUCCAUUGAUAUCUGGUCCGUGGGAUGCAUUCUGGCUGAAAUGCUUUCCAACAGACCCAUAUUUCCUGGCAAGCACUACCUGGACCAGCUCAAUCAUAUUUUAGGUAUCCUUGGCUCUCCUUCACAAGAAGACCUGAACUGCAUCAUCAACAUAAAGGCCAGAAACUACCUGCUCUCUCUGCCACUGCGCUGUAAAGUGCCCUGGAACCGCCUCUUCCCUAACGCCGACCCUAAAGCUUUGGAUCUGUUGGAUAAGAUGCUGACCUUUAACCCCCAUAAGAGGAUCGAGGUGGAGCAGGCCCUGGCACACCCCUAUCUGGAGCAGUACUACGACCCGACUGAUGAGCCUGUCGCCGAGGCUCCGUUCAAAUUUGACAUGGAACUCGACGACUUGCCCAAAGAGACCCUCAAGGCACUGAUCUUCGAUGAAACAGCACGCUUCCAACCAGGCUACAGACCAUAACCCAACGACACGUACUACGUCUCCACGUUUCACUCUUCGCAUACUAUUCUUAAGUUCUUAGUUCAUCGUUAUCAUUAUGACCUUAUUCCGCUCUCUUUAUUUUCUCCUGCCUUUUUUUUUUUUUUUCCUCCAGAUCGGAAUCGCUCCAGAUUUCCGUCUCUUCUCUUUCCCUUUCCUUUCUUCUCAGUCUUCAUCCUCCUCUCCUCUGAGAUUUGAGUUCAAAUAAAGGGUGUGUGGACUGUGUGUGUGAGUGUGUGUGAGGUGAAAUACGGAGUGCAGGCUGACCAGAAUAUCGUCAAUGGUUCACUUCUAGAGACGAAACUCUUUUUAUGCUUCAGUAAAAAAAAAAAAGGAAAGAAAGCCUGUGAUCAUGUAACUGCUGUGCUUAAUUAUUAUGACUGUGUUUUUUUUUUUUUUUUAAGAGCUUCUUGUCAGUCUCACUCCUGCUUUCCUGUAAAGCAUCCGUAAAGCCAUUUAUAAGUGAGGCCAAAUUUGGAAGAAGAAGAAGAAGAGGGGGGGAAAAAAAAACAAAAAAACAACACAGCUCAGUUUGCCACGGUGCUGUAUGUGCAAGGCUUUUAAUUAACGUCUGUUCCUAAUAUGCCACGUGCCCCUUAAAUAAUGAUAUAAUUUUUUAAUGGAAUAUUGUAUUAUAGAUUUAGAAAAACGUACACCUUCCACAAAUGUUCCAGAUCGGUCGCUGUUUGGAAAAAAUACAUAAAACGAGCUCGAGCACCAAAGAAAAGCAGGUUUUUGGGCAUCUUUUUUUUGGUCCAUUUAGUUUAGAGGUGUGAAAUAUGAGCUCUGAAUCAUGUCAAAGCAAGCACAGGGCUAUCGGGGAUGGGGGGAGGUGUCAAACAUUCACAAGGGGAAAUUUGUGGCUAUAUUUCGCCACAUUAAUAUCAGAAAGAAAAGCUUAUUACAGAAACAUGAGCUAAAAAGUACAGUGCCUCGUCGUAUUUUUCUCUCGUAUAUCUUCACAGCUCUUCUUGCUUUCCUUUUCCAGUGUGUCUUUGCCUUCUCUUGGUCUCUCUUGCCUUCUCUCAAUAAGACUGUGUCCUUGCAUGACUGUUAAAAAAAAAAAAAAAAAAAAAGGAAAAAAAAAAAGCUUUCUAUACAAAGAACAUGGAGGUGCCACACUGCUGGGGAUUCCGCAUCGGGACUCUCAGGUCUUUUUUUCGGUUGUUGUUGAUCCUCUAUUCCCACAAUCUUUUCUUAUUCCGUUGUUGUUAGGUUGCGUUGGUUCUUUAUUUUAUUUUAUUUUUUUUCAACCUUUUAAGAAUAGAGAGUAGAUUUUUAAGAAGCUCAGUCAGGUGAAGACGGAGAAAGACGCCAUGCCAUGUUCACUACACAGGAAACCUCACGUUUUUACUCUGCGCCAAACAAAAGCAGCGCUUUCUCGCUUUAAAUCAGUCAGUCUGCUUCGCCGCAGAGCUAACGGCGUGGACCUUAAAGAGCAAACGAGCACUUAUCCAUUAAAAACCUACAAGCAGACACCAAUAUAGAAUGAGAAACACACUGCUCUUUUGGUUCACUUUGUACUCGUGGCUUGACCCAGUGUCGGGUGCUAAAGAGGACGUUGUUCGUUCUUGGAGCAGAGAAAACGGGCUGUCUUUGGUCUUUCUUUCUUUCUUUCUUUCUUUCUUUUCAGUUCCUGAAAAGCACUGCAAAACCCUGUAAGAUAGCUUCAGCCAAGUCCAUGUGCAGCCUGUCUGUUCUGUGUGCCUUUACUCAUUAUAAAUAACGGUUUAUUAUCGUGCAGUUUCGUUUCGUCGGGGAUCAGUUGUGAUUUUUUUUCUUUCUUUCUUUCUUUCUUUCUUUCUUUCUUUCUUUUUUUGCGGUAUACCUAUUCUUGAAUACAUAUAUUUAAAAAAAAAAAAAAAAAAAUAUAAAGCAAAUAAAAAAAAAAAUCAACAAAUAAUCUCUUAACUCUGAUUUGUCAUUUUAAAUCCAGAGCUUUUGUGAUUUUUGUGAUUGAGUUUGGAAAGGUAUUAAUUAAUGACGUAAUUAAUUAAUUAAAACAAGGCUUUUAUUCCCUCCUCGAGUUGAUCCGUCGCUCUCUGUUUUUUGGGGGGAUUUCUUGAGGGUUUUUUUUUUUUUUUUUUUUUAUGUUUUGUGCAGUUUUGGUUUUUUUGUUUUUUCUUUUUUAUUGUAAACUGAAUGUCAUGUUUCUAGUGGUUAUUAAUCUUGUUACAGAAUUGUAUCCAUGUAUUAAACUCUUCUGUAAGUAAUGUUCUAAACGACGGAAGACUUUUGUUGUGGAUUUCACUUACAGGAUUAAUGUUUCUCUGCCUCUCCCUCAGCUCUCGCCUUCACUGGGGGGGUGUUGAUGUAAUCGUUCGGGGAAACAUUAGAAUUGAAUAUUAAAAUCUAUUGCACCUUGAUGAAAACAAGUCAUUACAGAUUACAGGUUUGUCUUUGCUGACAGACAAACUUUUUUUUUUAAUUACUACUAUUAUCAGGUAAUUUAGCAUCUGCCAAGUCAUGUAACCUGAACACACCAGAAUAAACACUGUAUCCUA